GACCUCUGUUGAUAAAGAACUGAACCAGAGAGCAAACCAGCAAAAUGGCCUCAGCUUCAUUCACCAUGACGAUAAUGCCAUCAAACUUUCAACAACCCAAAUUGGUCUCUCUGAGGAGCUGCAACAACAAGCAAACUCAUUUCCACCAAAGUACCACAAGUUUUAAUGUAUUUAAAAAGCAAAACGUUAGGUUGUCAUUAUCAUGUAAUUCCCGUAUGAAAAGACAUCGAGAUGUAUUAAAGCCUAUAGCAGCAGUUGAUACAGGUCUAGAGGUGUCUAUUACAGAUCCAGAGGACUUAAUAAGCGUGAAAGAUGCCAAGAUAGUUGUAGAGUCUCAAGACGAAAAUAAGAUACAGGUGAAAGUGGAUUUGACUGGUGAUGCGACACAAAAAGUAUUUGAUAAGGUUUUAGCGAAUUUGGCUCGUUCAGCACCACCAAUACCUGGAUUUCGCCGAGAAAAAGGAGGAAAAACUACAAAGGUCCCAAAGGAUUUCCUCUUACAAAUCCUCGGUGAAGACCGUGUGACCAAGUUUGUAGUACAAGAAAUAGUUAGCUCAACCAUGACUGAUUAUUCAAAGAAGGAAAAUUUGAACGUGAAGGAGAAAAAAGUUACCACAACCCAGUCUGCUGAAGAACUCAAAAAGGUUUUUACUCCAGGAAAUGAGUUUGGAUUUAAUGCUAUAAUGGAGCUUGAAAAUUCAGAGGCUGAAGAAAAACCAGAAGCUGAAGAAGAAUCAGAUGUUGAAGUAUCGAGUUCAAGGUCCUCUGAUGUGUAAACUGAUGAUGUUUAUGUUAUUUAAGAGCUUACCAAUUUUUUUGUCUUCAGUUAAUUAGGUCAUUUCAUCCUUGCAAGUGAUGCAAUUGGUGUUAUAGAGGUCUAAUUUUUGUCUCUGAUCUACAAUUUCAUCUCCUGGACAAAAGUUUUGCAUACUGACUUGUAAUUAGCGUCAAAAUCAAGGCCAUUUUUUGGAACACCUAAUAAUCA